AUGCUCAAUGUUGACAAUACUUUUUUGAAACGACACUAUGAUAGAACCAAACUGCAACUUCAACAUGUUUCUUGUGUCACUAAAAUGGUUAGCAAUCAUAUUCCCAAUGAUCUUGCAUUUUUCAUUAUUUCGAAAUUACCUCUAAAGUCUUUGAAACGGUUUAGUUGUGCACAAAAAUCAUGGUUACUUAUACUUGAAAACCCAAAUUUUCUAAACAUGUAUACUAACCAUUUCAUAUCUAAUUCUGAGGAUUCUUUAUAUGAAGAGGAUGAUGUUUCAUGUUUCAUCUUACUAAAGACUCUUCCAUAUUGUCCCUAUCGUCCUGUGAUGUAUAUGCUUUCUGGAAAGAGUUUUGAGAAUAAGGUCAAAUUAGAUUGGCCAUCUCCAUUUCAUGAGAAUGAUCAAUCUGUUUUUAUUUUGGGCCCAAUUGUUAAUGGUAUUGUUUGUCUAUGCAAAGGGAGGUUAUCUGUUGCUGUACUAUGGAAUCCAGCCACAGAUGAAUUCAAGGUCCUCCCUCCUAGCCCAAACGAGUGCACAAUACUUUAUGAGUUUGAAAGUUUUAAUUUUAUUGGAUUUGGCUAUGACAAUAUUAGAGAUGACUAUAGCGUGAUUCGAUAUGUAAGUUAUCGUUUAGAUUUGCCAGAUAUUGAAUGUGAUAUGGAAAGUAUGAGAUACGCUGUGUCACGGGAAGACAUAUGGGAGAUAUACAACCUAAGGAGUAACACUUGGAGGAAACUCGAUCUUGAUAUGCCUCAAGGUUACUGGAACUAUUCUGGUGCCUUUAUGCAUAUCAAUGGAGUUUGUCAUUGGUGUCAUCAAGGUCGAGAUCUAAAUUAUCGAUUAUUGGUGUCAUUUGACUUAAGCAAUGAGGUAUUUUGUACAACACCAUUUCCAUCUGAUAUGAAUAAUACUUUGGAAUUUGUAGUUGUCAUGACACACUUGACAGUAAUAAAUCAAUCUAUUGCUUUGAUAUCAAAUUAUCUUAAUACAACUACUUUUCAUAUAUCAAUUUUGGGUGAAGUCGGUGUGAAGGAAUCAUGGACUAAACUCUUUAUUAUUGGACCCUUAUCUUACAUUGAGCAUCCUAUUGGAGAGGGAAAAGAUGGUGAUCUAUUCUUUAGAAGAAAAGAUGAUGAACUUGUAUUGUUUAAUUUGAAGACUAAGAAGUUUAAGGAGCUUGGUGUUAAGGGGGAUGAGCAUUCUUGUGGCAUAGUCCUUUACAAGAAAAACCUUCUUCCAAUUGGAGGAAUAAAUGAUUGAUCUUUCAUAUUUUAUUAUUCUCAAAGAUAUCG